AUGGCCAUGUUGGCCUCAAAGUCCCCUUACCAGGCGUCCCUUAGCUCCAACCAGUCGACACUUGUACCCUCGAGCUCGACGCAGUCUUCCUACCCGCCCCCAAGGAGAGCAGCGACUAUCCCCGCGACAAAUCAAUCGUUUGCGAGCCCCACUGAAUCCGAAUUCUCCGAGGGCGAUGGGCCAGAUUCGGUCAAGUACUGGGAUGAAGAUAGGGUUUGCGACUACCUGAGGACCGUCAAGUGUGGUGACUAUGAGAACCUGUUCAGGAAGAACCACAUCAAUGGUGAGAACCUGCUGGAAAUGGACAAGGAGGUCCUGAAGGAGAUGGGCAUCGAUAAGGUUGGCGAUAGGGUCCGCCUGUUUCUGGGCAUCAAAAAGCUGAGGACCCAGGCCUAUGCCAACCAAAAGAAGCGCAAUAGGGAUUCUUUCGGUGGUCUGGAUCUGCAGCAAUACACACCGUCAUCCUCCGGCUCCCCUCGUCCCCCAAACUCAGCAUCUCGUUCCCAGCCUACACCCUUACUGAACAAGAGAUACUCUCGGCAAUAUGAUAUGGCCAUUCCCCUCGACGUAGCAAAACCAUCCUCCAGGCCCACCUCUCCCCUGCCAAGCGCGGACUACAAGACCUCUCGCCAGGCAUACGCACAGGGAACAGUGGGCCAUGGCCUACCUGCCGGGCCUCGCCCGCCCACGUCCCCUCCCCAGGUGCGAUCUGGUCCAACAGCCCAUCACAGGAAUGGCUCCAGCGCCGAUGGAUCUCUCAUGGCCGCCUUGCCUCACAACCAGGAUGUCAUUCGUGUUAUCUCCACUGGCGGGGUCACGAAGGUGGUUAAGAUCGCCGAUUGUAGAAACUGUGCCGAGGUAAUGCGCUUGACGUUGCGGAAAUUCGCGCUCCGGGAAGACCACGAGAGAAACUAUUGUUUCUGGAUACUAGUUGGCGUCGAGGCCAACCCCAAGAUGUGUCGCCGCCUUGGUGACACCGAACUAUGGAAGAUUAUCAAGGACGAAAAGAGGCCGGAGCGAAACCGUCUCAUCCUCAGGCGGGUGCCGGCUGGCGAGCCUGGCCGCGGCGAGCUCGAACGGGCCGCGGCCAUUGCUAUGGAGGAGAACCAGCAGAGCCAUCAUCGCGCGAUUGGAAGCAUCAGCCAUUCAAGCCAGGCCAAGGUUCAGAAGGUACUCGGCGAAAACUGGGAUUCCAUCCAGCCACCACUGUCGCCUGUGACGUACCAGGACCGCGAAAGGAAUGUACAGAAUGCCGCACGGGAGCUGGAGAGACCCGCCUCCAAUGAUGCCAAGUCACCAAAUCCCAGGAGUCGCAAGGUCCUGCGACAGUUUGGUGGACUGCGGCCGCCCAGUGAGCUCAUUGCAUCCGACCUCACGUCCUACUUCCCGGACCACCCCCGCGAGGACAUCGACCGCACUGCUCGGCUGUCAAUGAGGAGGUCUCAACGCCUCAGCAAGUACAACAGCCGUCUCAGCGUUGCCAGCAAUCUCAGCUUUGCCUCGAGCGUGCAGGAUGCGCCUCCUAUCCCUACCAUCGCCGACAGCUGGCUCCACGCUAAUACCCAGCUCGCCAAGGUUCAACCCAGAAAUAUACAUGGGCGGAUGACGCCAAUGUUCAGGGACUCUGUGUCAUCGUCUGUUCUUGAUACCCUACAAGAGGAAUCGAGCCCCGUUGAGCCCAACAGGAAGUCGUAUGUGUCUUUCGCCGACAGCGGGUCUGAUACCGCUGCCGUCAGCGUGACGGACCCUGAAGGCAACGUGGUCCGGCACAGCUACUUCGACGGCGAAAGCAGCACCGGUGGCUCGGGGUCGAGCUCUCUAAGAGAUGUCAAUCAGGCUUUGAACGAAGACGGCGAAGAUGCCGAUGAGGAGCUGCAGAGCUUCCUGUCGGGCGAGUCUUGGGACGACAACAAGUGGAUGAAGGGUGCCCUCAUCGGCCAGGGAUCCUUCGGCUGUGUUUACCUCGCUCUGCACGCCGUCACUGGCGAGCUUCUUGCUGUGAAGCAAGUCGAGUCGCCGUCGCCCGGUGCCAACUCGCAGAAUGAUUCCCGCAAGAAGAGCAUGAUUGAGGCGCUGAAGCGGGAAAUCAGUCUGCUCCGAGACCUCCGACACCCAAACAUUGUGCAAUACCUCGGCUGCAGCUCGUCCUCCGAUUUCCUCAACAUUUUUCUCGAGUAUGUUCCGGGUGGCUCAGUCCAGACGAUGCUGAACUCGUAUGGUGCCUUGCCUGAGCCGCUAGUCCGCAGCUUCGUGCGGCAGAUCCUGACGGGUCUGUCUUACCUGCACGGCAAGGAGAUCAUCCACCGUGACAUCAAGGGAGCCAACAUUCUAGUCGACAACAAGGGAACCAUCAAGAUCUCCGACUUCGGUAUCUCCAAGAAGCUCGAGGCCACCAACAUCCUCAGCGGUGCAAACAACAACAAGCACCGGCCGUCGCUGCAAGGCUCUGUCUACUGGAUGGCGCCUGAGGUCGUCAAGCAGACCAGCUACACGCGCAAGGCUGACAUCUGGUCCCUGGGGUGCCUGGUUGUCGAGAUGAUGACCGGAACACACCCCUUCCCAGACUGCACGCAGCUGCAGGCCAUCUUCAAGAUCGGCGGCUCCAAGGCGGCGCCCACGAUCCCCGAGCACGCCAGCGAGGAGGCUCAGGGCUUCCUGGCCCAGACCUUUGAGCUGGAUCAUAACAAGCGACCCAGCGCCGAUGAGCUGAUGGCCCAUUCUUUCCUGGCGUCCAUCACCUAA